ACUUUGUUACAGAGCUGAGUCUGUGUCUGUUUGUCCGUGCGCACCUUGUGCCAAAUGGGAGCCUCGUCACCUCAGCUGCUGCUGCUGUGUUUGGAGAGCAGCCGCGGCUCGUGCGUCUUUUCCACUGCGCACCCAUGAACUUUACGCACCUCCACCACGCGCCGCCGCCGCCGCCACCGCUGCUGCUGCUGCUGCUUCCUUCUGCUCCUCCCGCGGACCAUGAAGACCUCUCGCAGAUGUAGGACCCUUCUGUCGGUGAGCCUCAACUUCUUCGCCCUGUUUUUCUCCAUCACCGCCUUCAUCACCACCUACUGGUGCGUGGGCACGCAGAGAGUCCCCAAGCCCAAGUGCAGCAAACUGCGGACACACCACUGUAUAGACUACGGGGUGAACGAGACGGACCCGAACAAAGUGGUUUACAGCUGGGAGACCGGGGACGACCGGUUCCUGUUCCGCCAGUUCCACACCGGCAUCUGGUUCUCCUGCGAGGAGAACAUCGACGAUGAAAGUGAGCGAUGCCGCAGUUUCAUCGAUUUGGCCCCGGCAUCAGAGAAAGGGAUGCUGUGGCUCUCUCUGGUUUCUGAGAUGUUGUACAUCGUUCUGCUGGUGGUCGGCUUCAGCCUCAUGUGUUUAGAGCUGGUUCACUCCAGCAACGUCAUCGACGGACUCAAGCUCAAUGCCUUCGCUGCCGUCUUCACUGUGCUUUCAGGUCUUCUCGGUAUGGUGGCUCAUGUGAUGUACACACAGGUCUUUCAGGUCACCGUCAGUCUCGGUCCACCCGACUGGAGGCCCUACAACUGGGACUACGGCUGGUCCUUCUGCAUGGCCUGGGCGUCUUUCACCUGUUGUAUGGGCGCGUCCGUCACCACCCUCAACUCCUACACGAAGACCGUCAUCGAGUUCAGGCACAAGCGCAAGACCUUUGAGCAAAGCAUCCGGGAGGAGCACGCAAGGGAAGCCUUCGGAUAUUUCCGAGAACGCUCGGUGCACUCCAUCUCGAAAUCUGUGGAGGUUUAUCCGAGUCAGACGAUGAAAAGUGGCAGGAAAACUCCCAUACCUGCUGACUCACUGGACCUGAGUGACAUUGCGGGAUCCUUAGGGGAAGAACAGUGCUGAGUGAGACGGGGGCAGCAUGUGGUGGCGUUUAAUUCAAGUGUGGAAACUUGAUGGAUGGAUCGAUGGAUGGAUCGAUGGAUGGAGGUGUUGUUGUCGUUCCUCUAUACACGGGAAGUUUGCCUCAUGGGAUCAUAAGCUCCAUCUGAAACAUUUCUUCCCUGCCUUAAUUUGAAUAAAUCGCAGAGAUUCAUGUCAGUCAAGGUUAAAGUUGGGCAACUCAGCAAAGGAAUGGAAGAAGGGACACGAUCUGUUCUUUAUGGUGUAUUUUUUUCUGUUUGUGUUACCUACCACAGUGUAAAAUUUCAAGGAAAAUCAUUUUGAGGGUCUUAUUAGCCUUAUUAAAUGUGUUUCAGUUGAUCAAUAAUUGAAUCCGAAUGAGUUUUCUAACGACAUUUCAGCUGCCGGUCAUUAAAUGUGAAAUAGAGCACAAAUACUACUUACAGUAAAUGACGUGCCAAGAUACAGUAUCUACAGCAAAGGCUGCAAGUAUUUAGACCGUUACAGUUUUUUUGUUUCGUCGUUGUCAUUCAAAUAGUGAACAGUGAACCUCACCUUUAAUCUGAGUAAAUGUAUGUAAUUUAAUAUCAAGGAAGAGUGUGGGAGACGUCCAAAACCCAGGGAUCAAAGGUGAUUGGAAACUUUCCAUCCAAAUGUUUCUUCUUGUGGAGCCAAAAAGCUGUUCAUCACUGAAUGAUCAAUGAGUCACCUGACUUUUAUUUGAUGGAGUGGAUUUUAAAUUGCUGCAGACCAAGCUCAAGGUGGGAGACAAUUGGCAUCAGCUGAAGAAGUGAAUUUGAUGAAUUUCCUUUUUUUUUUUUUGACAUUUAGGCUGUAAUGCACUUUAAAGGCUUAAUCUCCAACUAUAUCCAUCAAUGAACAGUAAAAUGUCAGUGUCCUGAUACUUCUGGCCUUGACUGUAAAGUGUAAAUAGGCUGUGGUGUGUUAUUUUAGUCUUCGAUGUUCACAUCAGUUUCUUUAUGAAAACUGUAACAAAGGCCAUGAUGUUUCUGCUUUGAUCAGAGGAAAAUAAAUACUCAACGCCAUCAAAGUUACUUUAUAUAAUUAGAAAAAAAGUGAUUUUUCGUACAACAGAAGAAAUGGUGACCAAAAAUAAAGUUUGAGAAUACAAUCACUGCGUGUUCAACGUAAAUCUGAUCUUUGUUGUUGCAUUAAUGACCCACUAGAGGACAGUGUUGUACACUCACUCACUCCUACAGUCAGUUAACCUCUGCAUGUUUUUGGACUGAAAGGCCGCAGAAAGGUCCUUAUCCAGACCUGGAUCUUUUUGCUGCAAGGCAACAGUUCUAUCCACUGUGCCACCCAUGUCCACAUGGUGGUGUCUGUACAGUUUUGCAUUUUUGUUAUUUCUGGUGUGCUGUGAUGUCAGUAUUAUAGUAUAAUAUUAAUUAUUAUAAUGCAAUAUGUGAGGAUACUGAUGAAU